GGUAUCAGGUUUCCUGAUGUUAGAAGUUCGGUAGAAAGAAACUAACAACUUGUACAUGGACAAAAAUGACAGCUUGCAAUAAUCAUGCCCCCUUUGGUCAGUACUAAUCUCCAGCCUAAUUGAAACAUUAGUUUUGAUUAUUCACGCAAAAUUAAAAUUCAUCAGGUGUAUUUUACCAUGUAUAAAUAUUAAUUCAUAGAUAAUCGCCUUUGUGGUGCCCUCGGUGUUUUUAUUUGUUUUGUUGUUGUGGUAGUUGUUGUUUUUAGGUAUCCAGAUGGAGAUACGAAUAUUCCAGCCGCCUUUGACACUGCAGCUCAAAUGUUUCAGAAUUCAAGUCCAGGUCGCAGAAAGUAUGUCACUGGGAUAUUUAUUCUUAUGACAGAUGGUAGUUCAAGUAAUAUACAUGAGAGUAUUGUUGCUGCACUAAGGCUUAAGAACAUGGGCAUAACCAUCUAUACAGCUGGUGUUGGGUCAGGUGUAAACGUUGAAGAAUUACAAGGUGCGGCAACAAAUCCAUCGUACUAUUUCAACACGAUCAGCUAUACUUCACUUCAAAGUCUAGAGGGACCGAUCACAAUGUCAGCAUGCGAAGAUCUUGACGGAUGCAUUUGUUAUAAUGGUGGAACAUGCGCAGCUAGAAUUAUUGGGUACAAGUGCGAGUGUCCUGCUAUAUACACAGGGUAUCACUGCGAGACACCAAUAUGUGACACGAUUCCGUGCAGAAACGAUGGUGUGUGUAUGGUAUCCGGCGGCAUCUGGUUCUGUCAUUGUCAACCAGGAUACACAGGUUUAAUAUGUGAAACCGGUAUGUUGUUUAGAAUACAAUAAGCAUUGGUUUUAAAUGAUCGACA